UCUUUCAGAUUGUGUGUCUACAGUAGUUAGUAUAAGUUCAGCUUUGGGGGAAUACAGUUCACAAAAUUUUGGUCUCUACUUUUGGAAGUCCAAUCAAAAAAUUCCUUUAAAACAUAUCUCGAAAUUCAAUACGGUUAAUUAGCGAAAAAAACUUUGACGCAAUGAAUAUGGUAAAGAGCUUGAAACUUUACACGCGCAUGUUUCGGCAAUUUCGAGUUUCCCGCAUGGCUAGGGACAUCCAUGGCUCGAUCGCCACCACCGCUGGCUGCCACAACCAGGUACGUCAUUUUCGCUCUGACGAGCCAAAAGACUGGAAGGCGAAGCGUGGUGACGACGCACUCAAGCAAAUGAAUAAAAAGUACAGCGAUGACAAGUUUGCCGAUUCGCGUUAUGGUAAUCAGCACUACAGUAAAUACGAUCAAGGUGAAGGCUAUGACCAGACCGAUUCUCCCUAUAAGGGUAAUAGGGAUCCAGAAUCUAGACGCUUGAUCACUCAGGAUACUAUCGAUCAUCAGCGUCGCCAGGAACGCAUCAUCGAGGACAACAGACGGCGCUGGCAAAAACGCGUCGAGCCAAAGUCGCCGUCUCAGCUCCAGUAUGAGCGUACCAGUGAUAUCUUUGGGGCAGACAAGCCCGGCAAGAGGCAUCAGCGACGACCUAACGAGGAUCAAAGUGCCGAGGAUUAUAGCAAACGCCGUCGUGAACACAGACAAAAAGAGAAACAACGUCAAGAGCGUGAAUUGCGAGAAUCGCGAAAAGGUUACAAGCUACCCAAAGCAGAAGAAACCUCUCAGCCUGCUAGCGAGGCCAUUGAUAAAGAGUGGUUGGCACGGAAAACGGAAGAGCAAGAGGCUAAGUACUGGCAUAGUUGGACCACUUGUCCGAAUGAGCGGUGCAAUCCGGACGCCGAGUCCGAUGAAAGCUCAUCCGGUUAUAAGAAAUCUGAUCGGCGUGGUUUCAUUAAGCCAACACUGCCGUAUGAUAGCUCUGUACGUCGUUUCCAGACUCAUUCCCAGCAAUUGACAGUAAAAACUCAAAUUCCAUUGCGACCGAUGCAGAACGCUGUUCAGAAGCAUCCAACAAAAGAUUUGGCUAAUACCAAACGUCGUCGACCCAGCGGCAUGGAGAAGCAACUUGUGCUUCUCAAUGACUUCAAUCGUUUGAAAAUGGACAAAACGAAACAGCCAACGUCCUUGCUUCAAUCGCAUGUGUUCAACACUCCAAAAACAAAGUACUCAGAUCGUCAAGUGGAGGAAAAGCUGGAGGAUAUGGAGCUGCCAGAGCAGCUACCACGAACAAAGCUUGCCUGGCAGGGCUUGCCACGACCUGUCUAUAAACGGUUUGAUGGUGUAAAGCGGGCAAUCGCACGCAAAACCCAAGGCCAGAGUAAAUUUGUGGAGCCGCCACGCUUCAAGAUGACCCUUCGAUCUAAAAGUCUAAGUCGCAAGCGUACACCAACCGACAGCUUUUCCAAUAUGCUCAACGUGAACACCCAUUUCACACCGCACAGUGAAUACACUGGUUACGGUCGUCAAACCGUUUGCGAUGCAUGGCAGAACUUUAGUAAUGUUCACUGCUUGAAGCAAGUAUGCUAAUGGAAUUGAGUAUGCUAUGGAACCCAAACCAAAGACUGCCAAUUAAUCUGAAAAUUUUAAAGGACCAAAGAAAUUAUCUUGAUAAAUGAUUUAGGACGAUUUCCCUAUUUAUAUAUUAAAUAAAAAAAAUAUUGCGGUA